AUGCGGAGCCUGAUGUCGAGCUGGAGAACAUUGGUUCGUGUUUUUUUAGUACGAACGGCCGAGAAACACUUCGUAAAGCCAGCGGGAUAUCCCUCGUGCUUGAUUGUCAAGCCAGGUGGAACGAAUGACACAUACCGGGAAGACGCCAAUCUUCUAAUCGUGACACACUUUUCCGCUGCAUUGCAGCAAGCCAAGUUAUGGCUGAUAAUGGUGUCUCCGAGGCCGAUUGCCGCAGCUCGCGAAUCAUCCAAGGCAAAGUUCCAUUGCAAACAAAAGAAAAAUUCUCGAAAAGCCCCAUCUGAAGACGAAAUAACCCCAGCGAUCGCGAACGGACGUAAGGACCAUCUCCGACUCGUCAGUGUCAACAUUCAUCCGCACCUCCCGAGAAGGAAUAGUAAGGGCACAGAUCAGCCAGAUGUCUCCAGAUCUCUUCAGCUGCCCGGUGUACGCUGUCCAACAUGCCAGGCGGGUGGCAAGGAGGUUUGGGUGAUUCCCGGGAAGAAUUGCCAUGCUAACAACAACUGUGGUGACAAAUACAGCACAACGCUAAAUUCUAGAGCCAAGGCCAUCAAAAGGCGACAUAACGAAAGGGUGCUAGGGGAAUCGAUUGGACCGGCAGGAGAUGGUUAUCAGCGUCAUCUCAACGUAAGGUUUCGGACUCAUGGAUCAGAUAUUUUGCAAGCCUGA